AUGGUGACUGCACCAUCAUCCUACUUGUCAGAUGUUGAAAUGAAACCACAAAAACGUCAAUCUCAUCGUCGUCGUCAGAAGUUGUGUACAACACAACGUCUUCCAGCAACAUUUGCGUGGUUUCUUCUCUUAUCAACCUCGUUCGCUUAUUGGAUAUGCAUUUUUCCCGAAAUUCUCAUCCUUCUACCUCAACUUUUACCAAUUCCAAUUGUGCAUUGUGUUCUAUUUGUUUUUGUUUGUGUCAAUUUUAUACUCGCUACAUUCAUGGAUCCAGGUAUCUAUCAACAAUCAAUAAAAAAUGAACAUAAAAAUGUUAGCUUCUAUACUCGGUCAAAUAAACACACAGGUGGAAUCGAUAUCAACGAUGAUGAUGACGAUGAUUUCGAUGAACCACAAUCACGUCUUGUUCGCAUUCGGAAUGGAUCCGUUUAUAUAAAAUAUUGUCGUACCUGUAAAUUGUUUCGUCCACCACGGUGCUCACACUGUUCGAUAUGUGAACGAUGCAUUGAUACCUUCGAUCAUCAUUGCCCUUGGUUAAAUAAUUGUGUUGGUCGUCGAAAUUAUCGUUACUUUUUUCAAUUUCUAUUUUUUCUCUGUAUUCACAUGGUAUUCUUAUUCGUAUUCUGUCUCUACUAUGUUCUACAUGAUCGUCAUCACAAACCCAUAAUACCAGCAUUUCCUGCGAUGCCCCUGAAUACCGCUCUGCUCAAACGACAAAAUGACUACUCUUCAUCGGCUUAUUUUUCUAACAAAACUACAUUUGUCGGCUUUUCGGAUUAUCGAUUUAUUCUCUGUAUUGUCUUGCUUGUUUUGCUUGGUCUGAUGGCAAUUCCAAUUGGUGGUCUAACAGGUUUCCACAUGUAUCUCAUCGCACGAGGACGAACGACAAACGAGCAAGUAACCGGCAAAUAUCGUAUUCAGAAUGAUAUCUUCAAUCAAGGUUGCUGGAAAAACUUUUGUUAUGCUUUGUGUCAACCGUUGUAUCCUCAGUUGAAAGCACCGGAAAAAAAACGUUACGAUGUCGAUCUAUUUGCGCAAAUGGCGUAUGGAAGAUUGAAGUAUAAGCUAUCGAAUAAAAACUGCGAAGAAAACGGCUAUUUGAAUCACAUGACCAAUGUUCAUAUCAAUCCGAUGGAUGAGAAAAUUCGUCAAUACAAUAAUCCACUGCAUAUCUCUCAUCAAAAGCCGUCAUCAUCAGCAUCUUCGGCAUCUGUCACGUCAUCCUCAUCCAUUCAACCCAUGAAGAAAUCUCUUAUACAUCAAACAAAAAAGCCUGAGUUUGACUCCAUGCAUCGUAGUCUGUCAAAUAUGUCUUUAUCUUCGCGUUGUUCCUACGAUAACGUCGAUGGUACUGAAGAAGAUCUUCCUCAACCAUUACCAUAUUAUUCUACGAAUAAUAACAAUAACAGUAAUUCGAAACAAAUGAAGAAGAUCUAUAUGAAUCAAAACUCGGUUCAAGCCGACAAUGUGUCGACGAAUAGUAUGAUGACAUUACGUACAGACUCCUAUCGCCAAGCCCAUCCACUACAAUCGUUUGCGUACGAUUAUCCCAAACGUGCUCUACUGCCUCAAACAUUACAAGCAAGUGACCAACCAAAUCGAGGCAAAUUCAACGGAAAUAAACACUACGAAAUAUCUGUUUGA